AUUUAAACUAGAAAAAAAAUUGUACAGUGCAUUUGUAUUUUGUUGUGGGGGAAAAUCAUGCUGAAAUUCAUCAAUAAUUUGGCUAAAAAUGGCCAUAAUUAUCUGGCCAAUCAUUAUCGUAGAUCGAAUCAUGUGAUCAAUUUAUUUGGACAUCGACAACAACAACAACAACAAUAUCGAUAUAUCGUAUCAGGAAUAUUGAAUGAUUUAAAUGAUCCAAACAAAAGUUAUGUACAUGGACAACCACCAUCAACAAAUUCACAGAUAUUCAGUCCAUUAACAAUUGGACAAUUAUUAAAAAGAACAGUUAAAAUUGUUGAUCCAAAUCAUAUUGGUUUUAUUGUUGAACAUCAAAAUAUUGAAAAAACUUAUCAACAAUUCGAUGAGGAUGUUGAUCGUUUGGCUGAAUCAUUACGUUCGAUUGGUUGUGGAUUAGGUUCAGUGGUUGGUUUAUGGGCAGUAAAUUGUUAUGAAUGGUUAUUGGUACAAUUUGCUACAGCAAAAUUAGGUUCAAUAAUGGUUGCCAUAAAUCCCGCUUACAAAGAACAUGAAUUAUUAAAUGCAUUUCGUUUGGUUGGUAUUGAAACAUUGAUUAUGAAUCAAAAAUUUCGUUCAUCAAAUUAUGGUAAAAUAAUGGAAAAUAUUGCGCCGGGUAUUUUUUCCACUGCUCAAAAUGGUUCGGCCAAUGUUCAUUCCGAUCAAUUACCACAAUUGAAAAAUCUAAUCGUUAUCGAUCAAAUUGAUGAAGAAGAAAUAAUUCCGUCGAAUGUUUGUCGUUUUUCGCAAUUAAUGUCAACAACAAAACAACCACAACAACAACAACAAUCAUCAGUCAACGAAGAUGAAACCGAAUUUGAUGAUGUAAUCAAUGUACAAUUUACAUCCGGCACAACCGGUCUACCAAAAGGUUCAAUGUUAACACAUUUUAAUAUUGUACAAAAUGGACAAUUUAUAGCACCGAUUUUGUUUGAAAAAUUUUCCGAACAACCAAAAAUUUGUAUACCAAAUCCAUUAUAUCAUGCAUUUGGUUGUGUUGUUGGUACUGUUGCUUCAAUAUUUGUACAAGGUACAAUCAUAUUACCCGGUCCGAUAUUCAAUGUUGAUUCAACUUUGAAAUCAAUUGAGAAAUUUGGUUGUAAUUAUCUUUAUGGUACACCAACAAUGUGGUCAGAUUUAUUACAACAUUCGAAAUUUAAUCCGGAUAAUUUAAAAACAUUGAAACGUGGUAUUAUGUCCGGUGCACCUUGUCCACCGAAUUUAUUACGUAAAAUUCAUGAAACAUUACCUUCAUUGGAACAUAUUUUGAUUCCAUAUGGUUCGACUGAAACAGGACCGGUUGCAACUUGUACAAGAAUCAAUGAUAAUGAUCAGCAUAAAAUCAAUUCCGUUGGAAAACCAAUACCAUAUGUUGAAAUAAAAGUAGUGGAUAUUAAAACAAAACGUUCAGUACCACGAUGUGAACAUGGUGAAAUUUUGGUUCGUUCACAUGGUACUUUCCCCGGUUAUAUUAAUCAACCAGAUAAAACUAAUGAAGUUAUUGAUAAGAAUUUUUGGUAUCAUACUGGUGAUGUUGGAUAUCUGGACAGCGAUGGUUAUCUUCAUAUUAAUGGCCGAAUUAAAGAAAUGAUUAUUCGUGGUGGUGAAAAUAUUUAUCCAAAAGAAGUUGAAGAAUUAAUUAUGGAAUUAACAAAUGAUUCGAUUGAAGAUGUUCAUGUGAUUGGAAUACCGGAUAAUCGUCUUGGUGAAGAAAUGGUUGCAUUCAUCAAAUUACGUUCGAAAAAGGAAACAAAAUAUGAUGAAAAAUCAUUGAAAGAUUUUCUUCGUACAAAGAUGAGCCAUUUUAAAGUACCAAAACAUAUACAUUUUGUUGAAGAUUUUCCACGUACACCUACAGGUAAAAUAAGAAAAUUGGAUCUUAAACAAAUGGCUAUUGAAAUGUUUGUCGCUUCUGCUGCUGAUGAUAACAAAAAAUAAUUACAAAAUUUUUUUCUACAAAAAUUUUUAAUC